AUCUUUUAAUCUAAAAACGAUAAAGACGUCUUCAACCUUACCAUUUUUAAGGAAAAAAGAAAAUGGAAGAAAAUUUUGUGAAUGAAGUUCUGGACUUACAUAAAAGAGGAGAUUGGAAGACUAUAUCGCUAAAGUAUCACAAUUAUCCAGAGAGAAAUAAAUUAUUAUGGGUGUAUCCAAGUGAAGAAAACUUUGAAUUUAUAAAAUGUAACUUAACGGAGCUCAAGUGUAGAAACAUAUUGAGUGUUGGUUGUGGAAGUGGCCUGUUGGAGUGGAUGAUUGAUCGGGCUACUGGAAUCCAAGUUUCCGGAAUAGAAGUAGAUGGCACAUGGUGGAAAUGUAAAUACGCCCCGCCCACUUUUCUCGAUCUCCUUAUCACAUCGCCUGUGUUAGAGAAAGACAGCAAUACAAUUCAAGUUCUGAAAAAUUGUGUGGACACCGCCUUAUUAUUUUGUUAUUUUAAUGAUGGAAAUGCGUUUAGGAAUUACUUGGAAUAUUUCUCCGGUAAUGUUCUGAUUAUUAUCGGCCCGGAUAAAGAUGGCGUGCAUACAAAUCCGAGACCAUUUGAAGAUAUAAGUGAAGAAUGGAAAUUAUUUGCAGCACAGGAGGUUCGUGAUAGUAAAGAUUUCAUCGCUAUUUAUUGUAAAACGAAAAUAUAAAAUACAAAAUAUAGAAUGUCUUUUUUGUUAUAGAAAAUCGUUCUUAGUUUAAAGUAGACUACACACUACACAGGUUUCAGACCUAUCAAACUAUUGAAAUUACCAUACAUUUAUGCUGGUCUAGGUCCUUACUAAAUAAUUAAUAGAAACACCAUAUUAUAUAAACAAAACAGCAGUCUUUUAUUGUUCAACUUAUUUUU